AUGACGCGCGCACCUCUACGUCGGCCGGCCGCGUGCCUCGGACGAUGCUUAAGCACGACCACCCGAUCACGGCUCCAAAACGCCUCGAUACAACUGCCAUCAACCGCAGCCUCACAACGCCUCGCCGUCGCACCCAUGCAGCAGCGACGAUGCCACAGCGACUUUUCCUCAGUCAAUCCUAGCGAGGUGGAGCACUUUACCGCUCUCGCCGCUGACUGGUGGUCGCCGCACGGCUCCUCGCGGCUGCUGCACCUGAUGAACCCGCUCCGUCACGACUUUAUCCGCGCCUGCCUGGCCAGCACCGACGAGCUGCCGCCCACCAAGCUGCGAUACCUCGACAUUGGCUGCGGCGGCGGCAUCUUUGCAGAGAGCGCCGCCCGCCUGCCCACAACGGCGCACGUCACGGCCAUUGACCCGACACCGUCGGUCCUGGCCGUUGCCAAGGCCCACGCCAAGCGCGAUCCGGCUCUGCGCGGCAAGCUCGACUAUCAGCUGACAUCGAUUGAGAAUCUCGCCGUUCCUGAGCAGCCGUAUGAUAUCGUGUCGCUGUUUGAGGUGAUUGAGCACAUUGAUGAUCCCGGCGCGUUCCUCGACCGCGUGCGGCCGUUUGUACGGCCGGGGGGCUGGCUGGUCAUGAGCACCAUUGCACGGACAUGGAUGAGCUGGUUUACGACAAAUCUCGUUGCCGAGGAUCUUCUGCGCAUCGUGCCCCGGGGUACGCACGACUGGAACAAAUACAUCAACGACGACGAGCUGCGUGGCUUCUUUGCGGGCAAAGGCUGGAACAGCCCCAAGAUCCUGGGCGUGGUCUACAUGCCUGGCUUGGGGUGGAAAGAGGUGCGAGGCAGCGAAAAGGUGGGCAAUUACUUUUUCGCCGUGAGGCGAGACGAGUAA